AUGCAACACAGAGAAGAAAUGAUAAAACAGUUAUAGAAUAUUUAAGACCCAUAUGUAUUGCAACAACAGAGACAGAUAGACGCAAAGAGGAAGUACGAACAAUUGCUGGCAUAAGUGAACCUAAUUUAUGAUGAAGAUGCAAAAGACCAUCAAUACACAGUUGAUUUCUAGCGUUUCAUCCACUUUUAUAAAUUUCUGGCUCGUAGACCAGACAGCGAAUAAUCUAAUUAAUCAAUAGUGAACAGAUUGUAAUUAUGGGUUCCAGACACUAUAGUUUUGAAUGAUCGCGAAAUGCCAAAUUAUUGGUUGUAUUCAGAUUCAAGAGGAUAUGUAUUUAGAACUGAUGCUUUCACAUCAAAAAAUGUAGUGAGUAAAUUGGCCAAUUACACAUCUCCAGAUGAAUUAGUUGCAGUCGUCAAGAAAUAAUAAUUUAGAAACAUGGAAUUAGUUGGGAAUGAAAUAAAAUUGGUGUGUUGUAGAGAUUUAUAAACCCAAAUUAAUGCUAAUUUUUCAAAUCGAAUGGAUCUCACUGUAAUACAAAAGUUCGUUAAAAGUAAUGGACCCAAAGCCUUUAUCUGCAGAACCAUCUGGCGCAAAGACAGAAAUCCCUUCUGCUACAUUGUAACCAAUAAGGAUGAUUAUUUUUCAUAAACAACAAAUCCAAAAGCUGAAUUCACAAAAUACAUAACAAAUGUAAGUCAGCAAAAUUCAUGUACCAUUGUUAAUACUUGUCGUGGAAAGUACGUCGAUGAAACAGUUCCAUAUGUUAAAAAUAUUCUAAAUUACAUAAAUAUACAUCUGCACAUUACGUUUAAGGAAUUUGCUGCUGAUUUCAUUAAGGAUGAAAGUGGCAUUUGGUGGUUUGUUAAUGUCAAAGGAUUUAUUAUUGAUAAAAGUCCAGAGAAGAUUCUUUGGAAAUCCAUUACUCAUUAUGGAGAAGACAUAAAUGAAGAAGGAUAACCUACUAUCUAAUCAUAAUAACAGAUCUCUAUUAUAUCACCCAAGAACAAAACCAAAGUUGCUGAUAUGUGUUAAAAGCAAAAGAUUUGCAAGUAUUGUGAGCAAUCCUAUCCUGAAUAAUAUUUGCAAUAUAAAAUGACCCUGAAGAUGAUCAUUUAAACUGAUAAACACCUUUAUUGGAGAGGCAAAACAUUCAAUUGGAUCGAAAGAUCAGAUGUAACCAAUUUAGAAGUUAGCAAUCUCUAUCAUGAACAUAAGGUUUGCAAGCAAUGCUACACUCUCUAUAAAGAAACUGAACAACUCAUUGAAUUACAAUUAUAGUUCAAUAAAUAAUUAGGAUUGCCCAGUGAUUAUGACACCAUCAAUCAAAUGCUAACACUUAAAGCCAACCAAGUGAAUAAUGAAUCUAUUAAAACAGGAUUAGAUGAAUCUAAAUAAAUCUUUAAUAUUUCUGCUACUAAACAACUUAUACUCAAUAAUCAAUAAAUCCCCAUGAUUCAUAAUACUGUCAUUAAAACACUCAAUCGCUUUAGAUUCAUGAUCCUAAUCCAUUCUAUCAGAGAUGUGCCUUAAAAUGUUGAUCUAUCUAAACACUACUAUAUUGAAUGCAACAUCUUCGAUCAGAAAUUCAAAAUCAAACUCGAUCUUCUCACGGGCCAACUAUUUGAUAAAGGAUACUUCCUCACUCUCAAUCGUAUGCGUUUGUAUUACUUUUUUAGCGAUCAACGCAAAGGAUGGGUGGAAUAUGUAAAUCAAUUAAAAGUACUACCAAUGUAUCUUUAUUAAGAAAACACCAAAAUCGGCACCCUUGAAAUCGAAUUACAAGAUCUCCUCUCAGAAAGGGUUAUCAGAAGGGAAUUCCUUAAGGUCUUUAGUGUCAAGGAUUGCUAUCCAAUCCUAAGUUGGUCCUUAAAUCUGACCUUAGGAUUGGUAGAUUCGGGUCCUGCUAAUGUCACUAGGAUCAAAUUGUAAGAACACUUUGGGGUUUAAUUGCCCAAUCCUGAUUAUUGUACUUGUGAACCUCUCCCUGCUGAGUGGAUGACCAUACUUAAUUAGAAAAAAGACUUAGAUAUCCAUAGAAGUGAAAGGCAAAUCACUAACCACACUUUAAAAAGGGUUUCGACUGCUCAUGCCAAAUUGCAAAAGAGUAGAUUUGAGGCAUCAUCCCUACAUCAAGACAUGGAAUCAUUCAAUGACUCAACUAAGGAACUAUAUAGUCAACUUAAUUUAAAAAAAGAAAUAUAAUUAUAUGAAAUUGAUGAAGAUGAACGCAAAAACAAGAAAAGAAGAUUAUUUUAAUAAUAUGAUUUAUGA